GUAUCCAGGCUGAUGUGACCACAUUUGGCCUCUGUGGUAACGACGUUAGUGUUUAAUGAGAUUAACGUGCACUAACAGCUAGUAGAUUUAAUCAAUGUUUGCUGGACACAAACACUGCAUCAUCAAACAAAUCUUAUCCUUGACUCUAUGCUGACUCAAGUAAGAAAAAAUGGAAUUGGAACUGGGUUAUCAGAUGUGGGAGAUAACAUCCAGCUAAUAAACAGCGAGGAUCUGAGCCCCAGACACCAGAUCUACGGCCAGUUAAUACAAGCAGCCUUCACAGAGAGUUGAGGACCUGACAUCAUCAUGAAGAUAUUCGCUGUCGCUUUGGUCCUCUUGCUGAUUAAAGAAUCCAAGGGAGCAACCAUCCCCGAAGAUGUGCCCAAGACCAACCAAUCAACAAGCUGGGAGCAACCUAUUUGGGACUUGGUUAAAAUUGGGCAUGAGGUGGUGAGUGCGGCUGUCAGCUUGUUCCACCAGUCCGACGUGGCCAAAACCACUCUUGCAAAGCUGUCAAACAAUACGGGACAUGUUGAGGCCCUGUUCGAGAACGUGAUAAGGAAACUGCACAACCUGUCGAAGGAGCUGGAAUGGCAAGGAGUGCCAGUGACUCAUCAUAUCGUCAGGCAGGGCAGACUGCUCCAGGAUCAGCUGGACGCCGUGGGAUCUCAGGUCCACGAAGCCAUUGGGGAUGAAACUUACAACAACAUUCACGAGCAGCUGGGGAAGAUCCACAACGACGUCCAGCAGUACCGUGAGAACCUGAGCCUCAUCACCAGCCAGUUUAACCAGACCCUUGGGGGCACCACAGCGCAGGUGGAGAAAUGGCAGAAGCGGGUUACUGACUAUAUGGAGCCACUUCAUGAGGAGCUCCGCAUUCGCAUCGAAGACCUGAGGAAGUUCCUCUCGCCCAUCAUUCACAACUCCGUGAAAAACUAAAGAAACUUGAACACCUCGUUGCAAAAUUGAAUGAGGCACCGCUGCCAACUGUUCAGCCUUCCAGUGUCCUAUCUUGUUGCCCCCGACUCUGAUGAAAUUAUAACUUCAACUUUAAACCAAUCCUGAUAUCAACAGUGUAUUAUUCAGUCCCAAUCUAGAAGCGAUUUACAAUUGAUCCAAACACAUUUCACCGAGUUGGGCCCGAAUGGCCUAAUUCUGAAGCUAUCACUUAUGAAUGGUAAAUUUGUGGCGCAAAGAUUCACUCCUUCAAGAGAAUGCAGUGGUGGGAAUCUAGAGCGGAAAAACAAAGUGCUGGAGGAACGCGUUGGGUCAGGCAGCGUCCGUGGAGGGAAAUGUACAGCCGACAUUUCAUGUUGGUCUGAAGAAGGGUCCUGACCUGAAACGUCGUGUGUCCAUUUCCCUUGGCCCGCUGAGUUCCUCCGACAUGCUUUGUUUUUUAUCCACUCCUCCAAUCCCAGCCUGCCACGUUAAUUGGCCCAUGGAUGUGACCUGCAGUCUGUGGUGGGACGAAAGGGCCUGUCCCACUUGGCAAUUUUUUCGGCCACUGCCGGCAUCAUUGACUGCCGUCACGGAAAAUUUUGCGAUGUGAUGGCGUAUCGACGCGUGCAGUGUUUUUUCAAGUGUCGCAACAUUUUUUUUGUCCCCGCUGGAUUUUGAAAUGUUCAAAAUCUUUUGGCGACCCUGAUGUGACGCUGGCAGUCGCCGAAAAUAAAUCGCCAAGCGGGACAGGCCCUUAACGGUGAGAGAUUCAGUGCCAAGGUUGUACGAGUAAAAAUCUGGCCGUGCCUUCUGGACAAGCCGCCUGGGCAAGGAAAUCUGGAUGUUGCUGUCUGCGAUAGAUCUGCUCCUCCACAGUCCAUACACUCACUAACCUAACUGGGGUAUCAAUCCUUUACAGUCAUCUUGGUGUAAAAAAAAAAAAGAAAAUCUUGAGGUUUAUCAAUUGAGAAGUAACACAAGAUUUUGAAACGACUAACUACAGAUGAACAAUCCCUACCCUUACGCUGGGAUUUAAUUCCCUCACAAUGAUCUUUUCAACAUAUCGUGAAAAUUAUACCAAAUUUUUAUUUUGAGCAUCAUUUAUCGUAUUUUAGAUUCCCCCUUAACCAAUAUAUAUUCAUUUCAUAGACACAGAAUGCUGGAGAAACUCAGCGGGUCGGGCAGCACCGCUGGAGAGAAGGGAUGUGUGAUGUUUCGGGUCAGGACCCUUCUUCAGACUUGACCCGGAAAGUCACACAUUCCUUCUCUCCACAGAUGCUGCUGAAUGACUCCAGCUUUUUUUUACCCAUCUUCGGUUUAAACCAGCAUCUGCAGUUCCUUCCUACAUAUAUUCAUUUUAUUCUUGGUUAAAAUAUUAAAAAGGUCAGAUUUUUUUUUUUUUAAACUUCCCUGUUUGGCAUCUAUAUGGUUGAUUGGUUGAUCUACAUGUUUGUAAGUUCAUAAGUCGUAGGAGCAGAUAUUAGGCCAUUCGGCCCGUCAAGUUAACUCCGCCAUUCAAUCAUGGCAGAUCUAUUCUUUCCCUCUCAACCCCAUUCUCCUGCCUUCUCCCCGUAACCCCUGGCACCCGUACUAGUCGAGAAGCUAUCAACCUCCACCUUAAAAAUAUCAAUUGACUUGUCCUCCACAGCUGUCUGUGUCAAUGAAUCCCACAGAUUCACCACCUUCUGACUGUGAUAUCAGUUAUUCUCAGCUGUACUUUCUGUAGAGGUUGAAUGGCCCCCAUUAGUCCAUCCAGCCUACACCAACCUGAUAUAGACAUCAAAGAAUGAAUGUUGAUGGAUAUGAUGAUGGAGGGGCAGGUACAGCAGCAAGGGGUACUGAGCUUUCUACAAAGAGAUAAGAACAUAUAUUCAAUAUCCUGGUUGCAAAGGCAGAGAGAGCUUUGGAUAUUGCACAACACCAUACACAAAAAUGCUGGAGAAACUCAGCGGGCGCAGCAGCAUCUAUGGAGCGAAGGAACGUUUCGGGCCGAAACCGCCCGCUCUUUCAGGAUACAAGUGUCUUUCCUUGGUAAACCAGCAUCUGCAGUUCUUAAAUUGGUAAGUGAUAGGAACAGAAUGAGUCCACUCAGCCCCUUGAGCCUACUCCACCAUUCUAUCAUGGCUGAUCUAUCUUUCCCUCUCAGCCCCAUUCUCCUGCCUUCUCCCCAUAACCUUUGACACCUUUUCUAAUCAAGAACCUGUCAAAUCUCCGCUUUAAACGUACCCAAUGACUUGGCCUCCACAGCCGUCUGUGGGCAAUGAAUUCCACAGAUUCACCACCCUCUGGCUAAUUAUAUUGCUUCUUAUCCCCUUUCUAAAUGAACAUCCUUUAAUUCUGAGGCUGUGCCCUCUGGUCCUAGACUCUCCCACUAGUGGAAACAUCCUCUCCACAUCCACUCUAUCCAGGCCUUUCACAAUGUACUUGCCAGUUUGCAGUCAAGCACAUUUGCACCUAAAUGGUAGAGAUAACUCAGAAUGAGAAAUAUUUGUCUGAUAAUCCAAUUUGUCUAAUGUUGAACGUGCAUCCAAUAAAAUGGAACAAGACACUCAUGGCUUAAUAUAAUCAGAUCUGAAAAAUAUCUAUAAAUGUAAAGGCUGCAUGAAUAAAAGAUAUUAUAAUGAAAUGUAACCAGUGGUAAAUAUUGCUAAUUUUCUUCUUUCUGAAACUAUGUAACAGUUUAAGAUUAUUUUAAUAUUGGUGGCUGCAUUUAAUUGUCGAUAGUAAUAAGAUUGAUGUAUUGAAGUAACGUGGUUGCAAUGGGCCUGAAUGUAUUUUCAAGUUGUACGCUGUACUCAUGUGGCAAGAAAUAAACGUUUCUUUGGAAUUAUGUACUAAA